GUUGUCUCAGAACGGUAACGAAAUGCCAAGUCUCGCGCGUGAGCUCGUAUUAGAUUCAUGCUUUUUGCAUUGUGGAUCGGCGCCAGCGAUUAAGAUUAUAGCUGCGAAGCUACAACCAACGAACUAAGAUACUCGCGUCAAGAACACGCAGCGAAAAAUUGCUGCAUGCUUGCAGUUGAAGUUAAGUUGCAGUUACAAAUUUGAUGCUCAUCCAUGCCGUUGCAUCUGAAGCCUGGCCAGCCGGUCCCCCUCGGUCCCGAUCCGCAUUCUUUCGCCGAAUGGGACCCCGGCAGCACCGGAGCAGUCGUAACAGAGCUCCGUCUCUCCCUUAGAAUCGACUUCGAGAAACAGAACCUGCAUGGAUUUGUCGAUUUGGUGAUCGGUCGAGGACGAAACGAAAACUCUACUUCAUCACCGGCUUCGCAGCCCGACUACGUGGUCCUCGACGUGAAUCUAGACCACAUAGCCGUGCAGGAAGUGUGUAUCCUUCGUGAAACGGCCGGCGAAGAUGGUCAGGAAGAAGAAACCCCCGCGAAAUACGACCUUGGCUACGAGACCAGCGCGUUCGGAGACGCGAUGAAAGUGUACUUUCCUCCACCUCCACCGAUAAACUGCAUGAAUGAAGCUACUGCCACAUCAGACGCGCCAGACAAAGCAAAUAAAAUCCUUGCUACCAUUCGAAUCAAGUACCACACGAUAUCAGCCACAAUAAAACCUCCAGCUGCACCAGCUCCCCAAACACCGACUUCUAAGCGCAAGACCGCGUCUGCCGUACAGUGGCUCAGGAAGGAGCAGACGAAAGGCAAAGUUGCUCCGCUAGCCUUUUCGCAGGCGCAGGCGAUUCUAGCGCGGUCUUUUGUUCCCUGCCAGGACACACCGGCGGUGAAGCACAAGCUGGACUUCAAGCUCACGGUAGACACGAGCGCCGAAGAGAGCAAAGAGCUGGUCGCGAUUUGCUCGGGCGAGUUGCAGCAAGACUGGGACAAAACUGUGAAAAGCACACAAGCGAAGCAAAAAACCUUCCACUACCGCCAGGAAACGCCCAUUCCCGCGUAUCUCAUCGCCUUCGUCGUCGCGCGCUUUGAAAGGGCGAAGAUUGGGGAAAAUUCCUAUGUUUUCGCAGAGCCGGAGAUACUCGAUUUCGCGCAGAAAGAACUCUCCGGGGUCUGCGACAAGUACCUGAAAACCGCUUCCGAGACCGUUUUGCUCGGGUCGCCGUACUACUGGGGAAAAACCUUCAACGUGGCGAUCAUGCCGAACUCCUUCGCGUUCGGCGGGAUGGAGAACCCCAACUGCACGUUUUUCUCGGCAUCCCUCCUAGCGGGGGACCAGUCCCUCACCACGACUUUAGCCCACGAAAUCACGCACAGCUGGACGGGGAACUUGGUGACGAACAAGCUACACGAGGAUUUCUGGCUCAACGAAGGGUUCACCCGCUACGUGGAGCGGAGGAUUCUGGGCGAGAUUUUCGGCGAGGACUUCCGCGAACUCUGUCUUCUCGUCGGCUUCAAGGACCUGAAGAAAAACGUGGAUCUACUAACGAGCAACAACCAAGUGCAUUUCACGGCACUGAACCCAGGACAAACCUUGGUUGGCGUGGACCCGGACGAAGCGUUUUCGCGCGUGCCGUACGAGAAGGGUUCGGUGUUUUUGUUGUACCUGGAGCGGGUAGUGCUGCAGGGGAGGACAGAGCUGAUGUCAGCCUGGCUGAAGGAGUACUUGGAAGAUUUCAAGUUCAAAUCAGUGUCAACAGAGGAAUUUAGAGAGCAUUUUAUCAGGUAUUUUCGGAAGUACGAAAGCAAACAGGAUGAGCAGCACGGCACCAAUGUUCUUCCGCAGAAGCUCGUGGGGGUGGGCAUCGAUAUCGACUCGAUUGACUGGGAGAAAUGGCUAUACGGACCGGGGAUGCCGGAAGACGAAGAUGUCCAGACUGGUGAAACGCCUCUGAUUGCGGCAAAGGAAAGCGGAGAAGGUCGAGGGGCUAAUGCGAAUAAGAGAACGAAGAUGAUUGACGAAGUGGAGAAAUUGGUGGAGAAGUGGAAAAAUGGGCACGGUGUAGCUGCUCUUGCAGCAGAUGCAGCGCCGCCAGCCAUUUCUUGUUCUUUCGUGGAAGACCUUAACUUCAUUCAAUCCUCCUGGAAAGCGCAGCAAGUCAUGCUGUUUUUGGAUUUGCUCAUUGAAGCGUUGGACAAAAACGAGUUUCAGCCAACAGAAGAGCAAGCGGCCGCGUUUUGGAGUUUCGACGAAACCAACAAUGUGGAGAUAAGAUUUCGGUUUCUGUUGUUCAAGUUGAAGGAGUCCGGCGCCACCGCGAGGCAUCGCGAAGAAUCUCCGGCACUUGAGCCCCGAUUGGAGGCCGCUUUGGACUUGUUUUUCGGACAACACGGAAGGGGAAGCUACGUCAAACCACUGUACUUGCAGUUGAAGAAUUCGAAUCGGGUGGAAUUGGCACGGGCAUUUUUCCUGAAGCACAAAAAUUUUUACCAGGACACGAUCGCCAUCGGAUUAGCGAAGUCGUUGGGUGUAGAGGUGUAGUUGUAGCAGGUAGCAUGGGAGAACGAUGAAGUAAGAUGUUUUGUAGCUGCGUCUGCAGGAGCGGUGCAGUAAAUGUUUAACGACAAAGUGUAAGUACAAGUAACAAGAACUCAUGCACAUGCAAACCUAAGAAAUAGAAAACCGCAAUCGUAACCAAUUAAUAACAGCCUGUAUCUUGUUUGAUAAAGGGAAACAGACUCUGCGUCUGCGAGACAGACAAAGCGAAAACUCGCAUCGGCACUCAAAAGGGAAACUCAGAGUCAAGCCUUAUGAUUAUGAAAGAUACAGAGUGAUAUCCAACUAUUAAACAUGCCAGUGAACAAACUGAAAACUUAAAGCAUAGCGUCUCUUCUAUCUCGUGCUGCAGC